ACAUGUUGAUGCUGCACUCGGGCAGCCAGCUCUUGCGGCUUCAGCUGCUGUUUGUUGCCUUAUUUGGGUGCCAUGCCCUGCAAAAUGGUUGGGACGACAAUGAAAGCAGCGAGGACUGGAGUCCCCAUUGGACACCACCGCCUCUCAGACCAGCACCCUGGGCUCUAGGAAUAACAACGACACCAGCUCCCCAACUGCCACAGAUACCGCAAUGGCCAGAAGCUGGCCAAGUUCCGCCAGCUCCUCAGCCUCCGCCCCAAUGGGAGCCGGAGCCACAGUGGCCAGAACAGUCCCCUGCUGUACAGCUACCCGAAGUUGGUGAGGUGCAUGGACUGCGUGGGUAUAAGACCAUCAAGAAUCGUCCUAUCGAUGCCUUUCUUGGCUUGCGCUACGGUCAGGUGAGCAGCGGCUUGGGUCGCUUUCAAAAGGCUACGCCAUUGCAGUAUCAAGGACGCAUUGACGCUACACGGCAAAGCUCGAAUUGCGCCCAAUUUCCGGAACUGGAAAGUCUGCAGCAGGCCGAGGCACGUGGCGAGGCUGUGGAUGACUGCCUCACAUUGAAUAUCUUUGCACCAGCUGGGGCCCGUGAUCUCCCUGUGCUGGUCUUCGUGCACGGUGAAAUGCUAUUCGAUGGCGGCGCCGAGGAGGCUCAGCCCGACUAUUUCCUAGAGCACGAUGUCCUGCUGGUCGCCAUCAACUACCGUCUGGCGCCUUUUGGCUUUUUGGCCGCACUAAGCGAGGAGCUACCCGGCAAUGUGGCUUUGUCAGACAUACACUUGGCCCUGGAAUGGCUGCAAAGCAACGUACGCCACUUUGGUGGUGAUGCCGAGCAAAUCACUUUGUUUGGACAGGCGGGAGGUGCCACGUUGGCUCAUGCCCUUAGCAUUAGCGGCAAGGCCAACGGACUCUUCUCAAAGCUGAUACUGCAAUCGGGAACGGCGCUGAAUCCGUAUUUUAUUGAUGAUCAGCCCUUAAAUACCCUGGCUACCUUUGCGCGACUCGCUCGUUGUCCUUCCAGUGUUGCAAACUUGGAGCCUCUUUAUGAUUGCUUGGGCAGGCUAAGCACCUCACAGCUGGUAAGGGCAUUCCAGGAGCUCUGGCAACAGAAUGAGUCGCGCGGUCGCAGCUUCGUUGGAGGUUUUAAGUUGGUCGUUAAUGAUGUUCUGGGAUACUUGCCUGACCAUCCAGCACACUUGGCAGCCACAAACAGCGUGCCUACGUUACUGGGAGCAGCAAAGGACGCGGGUGCCUUUAUCCUAUCGCGCUUCUAUCCCGAAAUCGAGCGGCUGCAAUCACGUAACCUAAGUGAUUACAUAAAUGUGGCUCUGCGUCACACAGCUCCUCCGCAACAUCAUCAAAUCUGGCUGAACUGGGCAUUGCGCGAGAUCUUCACACCGGAAGAUGCGCGAUAUCCGAAUGGUCCCAAGGUGGCUACAGGGUUGUUGGAGCUGACCAACCUUAUACUCUACCGCGAGCCCGUCAUCGAUGCUAUACGCUUCACCCAUCGGAAGCAUCCUACUUACUUGUACGCAUUCGACUAUCGGGGCGAGCAUCACCGCUUUGGACACUUGCGCAACCCCCUGCCUUUUGGCUUGGACGCCACGCUAAGUGAUGACAGUAUUUAUUUGUUCCCCUAUCCUGAGGAGGUGAGUCAGCUGAAUCCUGAGGAUAAGACUGUCGCACGCGCCCUUGUCACCAUGUGGGUGAACUUUGCCCAGACCGGUGUACCAAAUCCUAAUCCCGGUGUUUGGCCCAGCGUCAGCUCAGAAUACGGUCCAUUUUUGCGCUUCACCAACUCUAAGGAGAACACUUUGGAGUUGGAUCAGCACUUUGGCGAGGGCAUUAAUGUUCCUAAUCUGUAUAAUUUCAACAUAAGUACAACCAAUGCGACGACAACGACUGCUCGCACUCCAUAUGCUGCACAGUGGCCUCGAGAGCCAGCUAGGCAACCAGCCUGGGAACCACCCACAACUACGACAACCGCCACCCCCGUUCGCCCACAGUAUUCCUAUCCAAAUUAUCCACAGUGGCCUAGGGAACCAGCUAGAGUGCCAGUUUGGGAGCAACCUGAAGACACAGUCGAUGAAACAACAACGACAUCAACUGCUCAUACACCAUACAACUAUCCAAACUAUCAGCAACAGCCGCCCAGGCAGUCCAGUUGGGAGCAACCAUCAAACUCAGUUGAGGAACACGAGCGCGAACCACCCAGAGAGCCAAGUAGGCCUGCCCCAUCAGAUGCAGGGCGAAAACGCCCAAGCGACUAUCCCAGCUACGAAGAAUACGUUAAAGCGCAAGAACUUCUAAGGCAACAACUGAUACAACAGCAUGAACAACUAAGGCGAGAACAAUUAGAAAGGGCUAAAAAGCUGCGGGAAGAGCAAGAGAUAGAGCGACAGCGGCAAGAGCAGGAGGAGCAGGAGCAAGAAGAGCGCGAAGAAAGAGAAAGACAGCAACAGCUUCAAGAACAACAAGCACGUGACCAGCAGGAACGUGAGCGCGAAGAUCAGGCACGAGAAGAACUGGCACGGGAACAGCAACGCGAACAGCAACGCGAACAUCAACGCGAACCUCAAGAACAGGAAACGGAUCCUUAUAAUAGGGGCGAACAACCGGGCGAGCAAGAGAACAACGAAGGGGACCCAUAUGACGACUAUUUGAGAAACCACGAUGCGCAACCCGAGCAGCCACACGAAUACGCCGAACACGAGAACCCAUAUGCGGGGUACGACGACUAUGCGAGAGCUCAUGAGGUACAGCCAGAGGAGCCGCACGAGCACCCUGAGCAGUACUACCCUUACCCCCCUCAUGAUCAGUCUGAGGACGAGCCACCCUACGGAGAAGAUGAUCGGACCGAUCAGGACCACAACAAUGCGUCCUGGGACCCUUCUGAUUACGAUAUUAAUGAUAGGGAUCAAUAUGAACAGCAAAAUCCGGAUCCUUACGAAGAAGACGAUGAAGCGGACUUCGUUGACAAGACAAGAGUAUCCCAGCUAUAAUCGUAAAAGGCGCAAUGCCCCAAGAUAUAUCAGACUUUUGCGUAAAGUUCGGCGCUAAGGGCUGUACAGCCUAUCAGCCAUAAAAAGAAAACGUAGCCAUAAAAUAAUUUGCAGACACCGGUAUUUAUUUUUCUACUUGCUAAAAAUAAUUCUUUUAAUAAAUAUUAGUGUCUUUUUCUA